AAGACGUGGAUAUACGCAGAUAAAGACCCCGACAUCCUUCCUUUCUGCUUCUUCGUCUGUCUCACAUUAUACCCACUUCUCGAAACCUCCGGAGAAUCAAUCGACAUACCUACCCGCCACUCUCAUCCAGGUCCAGCCGAAGCAACCGACUUCAGUCAACUCGAACCAAGAACCAUAGCAUCGUAGAGAUGGACCCGCGUUACGGUAACCAAGGCUAUCAGAGCCAACCCCAGGGCGAGGCUGCUUCAUACUACGGAGGCCAGCCCAGCCCUCAGCCGUAUUCCUCCUAUCCCGGCGGGCCCGGCGGACAGCAGAGCUACGGUCAGCCCGACCCGCAAUACCAAUCGUCUUAUCAGAACCAGGGCCCGUAUGGCCAGUCCGCACCCCCAAACGCCGGCCCCGGGGAGGACGGAGAGCGUGGCCUGAUGGGCGGCCUGGCCGGUGCCGCAGCCGGCGCUUACGGAGGGCACAAGAUGGGACACGGAGUCAUCGGCGCCAUAGCGGGAGCCAUCGCGGGCCACAAGCUGCAGGACUUCGUCGAAGAUCGCAAGGAGAAGAAGGAUGACGGGAGGCACUCGCCCGGAUCGCACGGGUCCCACCGCGACCGGUCGUUCGGGGGUCACGUCGGCAACUUCUCGUCUUCGUCGCACGACGUCCACCUCGAGGGCGACUACGACCUCCGCGCGACCUGCAAACGGCGGGACGGCGGCAGCCAGCAAAGCACCCUGAACCUCAACGAGAUCAUCAGCAACGAGGACGGCCACUUCCGCUGGGCUCGGGGGGGCCACGGCGGUGGCGGCGGCAGCGUCACCGUGCAGCAGGGCGACACGCUGCGAGACAUCGCGCGACGCUCCGGCUGCAGCUUCGAGGAGAUCGCGCGGAUCAACGACAUCUCGAACCCGGACAUGAUCUACCCGGGCCAGACGCUGCGGGUGCCGGGACAGUCGGGCGGCAACUUCAGCGCCUCGGCCCGGGACGUCCGCCUCGUCGACGGGGGACGGGUGCUGGAGGCGGAGCUACGGAACUCGAGGGGAGACUGGCGCCGGAGCCGGAUCGACCUCGACGAGCACAUAACCAACCAGGACGGAUACCUCCGCUACGUGUAAAAGAGAGCCCGGGGAGCGAGAACAGCCGGGGGUGGAUGUGGAGGAAAAUGAGUGGUGUGAGGAAAGAAAAGGACACGAUGAGACAUGGAAGAAGUAGACUUGACUGGGCAUUCAUAUUGUCGCCGAUUUCCUGAGGAGGACCUGCGUGAUGAUAUUGACAGCGGUAGCGAUUCAAAUGAGUAAGAUAGGCGUCCACAACUCUGGCUUCUCCGGACAGAUCCGUGUUAGAUGCCCCCGUGUCGCGUGUUGUAGCUGAGGUCUCUCAUGGUCUGUCUAUAAGUCAGGCCUGCAGGGUUUAUACCACACGGUGAGUCCUCUUCCCCCCUCCCUACGCCAUACCGUACCCUCGGCCGCCAAGCUCAUCACCUGCAUCCACCCCCCUCUCACCCAUGGGCGAGCCGGGGUUGGCUAUGCCUUAAGGCCAAGGGGUCGGCAUUGUAUCCAGAGAUCAAGGACUUGAACGGUCUUGUAGG